CAUACAAGAAAAGCAAAACAAAUGGCUAAUCCCUCUGGUUUUCUCCUGGCCAUUUCCUUACUCCUUCUCGGCACCACCGCCGCUUCGGCCGCCUCUGAGAGCGCCGUGAAAGGCUUGAUCUGGGUUCCGACGACGACGACGAACGAGUCCGGCAGCAGCUGUCGGGGCUCAACGGCGGAGUGCAUGGCGAACAACAUGGAUGGUGAUGGGCUUGAGUUCAACAGGCGCGUAUUGCAAACGUCUUCGUCGAACACACAGUACAUAAGCUACGGGGCUCUUCAGAGGGACACCGUGCCGUGCUCCGUGAGGGGCGCGUCGUAUUAUAACUGCCAGCCGGGAGCGCAAGCCAACCCUUACGACCGAGGCUGCAGCGCCAUCGCUCGCUGCCGGGGUUAAAGGUUG